AUGCACGAACUGCAGCGCGGGGCUGCAGGGGCCCCCAGUAGGGCCCCCACAUCUGCUGCUGCGGCUGCUGCUCGACUACCCGCAGCAGCUGCCCCGGAGUCUCGCGGAAGAUUUGGCAACAAACGGAAUGUGUGUCUUCGACACCCACUCCAGCAGCAGAAGCAGCAGCUCGGCAGCAGCAGCAGCAGCAGAUCUAGCAGCCUAGCACUUGCAGCAGCUGCCGCUGCUGCUGCUGCUGCAACAGCGGGACUUCAGUGGCGCCAGGCGGGAAGCGCUGUGGCGCCCCUUAAUGCAUGCGAGACUGCAGCAACAGCAACAGCAGCAGCAGCAACGGAAGCCGAACCAGCAGCAGCAGCAGCAGCAGCAGCAGAAGCAAGGACCCCGGGCUCUUGCUGCUGUCUGAGGAGCCUGCAGUGGGCCCUCUUAGGGCCCCUUCUGCUGCAGCUGCAAACAAUGGCAACCGAGGAAAGCAGCAGCAGCAGCAACAGCAGCAGCAACAGAAGCAGCAACAGCAGCAGCAGCAAGAGCAUCAGCAGCAGCAGCAAAAGAGAAGCCACAGCCAUGCCUCAGGCUGCUCAGGAGCUGCCUGCUGCUGCUGGGGCCCCAGCAAAGAACGGGGGGCCCCCCUUUGGGGCCCCUGGGUUGCUGGGUUUGAAUGACAAGCUGCUGCUGCUGCUGCUGCAGUGGCUGCCGCUGCGGGAGCAGCACCAGCUGCUGCUGCUGUGCCGCGGGGUGUACAGACAGCUCUGCACUGCCCCCUUCAUCGACAGCCUUUGCUGCCCCCCAGGCAGCAGCUUCAGGCUGCUGGUGGAGCCCCACAAGCACCACCCGCUGCUGCAGCAGCAGCAGGAGCUGCAGCAGCAGCAGCAGCAGCACCUGCAGCAGCUCAAGACCCAACUCGAGCAGCAGUACCCGCUGCCCCAGCAGCAGCACCCCACCCUCUCGCAGCAGCAAGAAGCGAACCUGCAGCAGCUGCAGCAAGUGCAGCAGCAGCAGCAGCAAGUGCAGCAGCAGCAGCAGGACGACAGACUGCUCUGCAAGCGAAUUCUGAGUGAGAAACAUCAGCAGGAAGAUACGAGCAGCAAAAAGAAGAGGGACGGCACUGUUGCUCAGCAGCAGCAGCAGCUGCUGCUGCAGCAGCAGCAGCAGGGGGCGGCGGCGGGCGCUGCUGCCGGCCCUGCAGCCCCCACAGGCAGUGCGCCCAACGACAGCAGCAGCAGCAACGGCACCAGCAGCAGCAGCAACGGCACCUGCAGCAGCAGCAGCAACGGCACCUGCAGCAGCAGCAGCAACGGCACCUGCAGCAGCAGCGGCAGCAGCUCUGCAUGCGACGCUGCAGCAAGCUUGCCUGCGCACUGGCGGUCCACGCGGCUGUGGAUCCCCGCAGCAGCAAUGGAGGCGCUGCUGCUGCGCUGCAGCAGCAAACUGCAGCAGCUGCUGCUGGACCUCUCGCUGCGCAGGGGUUUUGGAGUUUCUCCUUUUACUCAAAUUAAUUUAAACUUCAAAUUAGCUGCUCUCAAAGAAAUGCAGCUCGUCAACAUCACCCGAGACAACUUCAGGUGUGGGGAGUGCAGCUUUCCCAACUUGGAAGUGCUGCGGCUGCACUGGGCAGACGUUUGCCCAAGGCAGCACAAACUCGGGCUGCUGCUGCGGGGCUGCACCGCUUUGCGGUCUUUGUCUGUUCACGCGGACUGCGACGACGACGAAGCGCUGGUCCAGACCACUGGUCUGUUUGCUGCUGCGCUGCAGCAGCUGCUGCAGCACGAGCCGCGGCAGCAGCAGCAGCAGCAGCAGCAGGUCAUGGAGGCCGGGCCGCCUAUCGGCUUGAUGACCGACGCCGCAGCAGAAGCAGCAGCAGUUGCUGCUGCUGCUGCUGCGGAGGAACGGGGCAUCUGUCCGCUCCCGCUGCUGCAGCAGCUGCAGCUGCCGCUGCUGGCAGCAGCAACAGUGCCGCUGCUGCGUGCUGCGGCACCAAAUCUGCAGCUGCUGCGGCUGGUGCAUGCAGAAAGUCACAGGCUGCUGCUGCGGGGCUGCACCGCUUUGCGGUCUUUGUCUGUUCACGCGGACUGCGACGACGACGAAGCGCUGGUCCAGACCACUGGUCUGUUUGCUGCUGCGCUGCAGCAGCUGCUGCAGCACGAGCCGCGGCAGCAGCAGCAGCAGCAGCAGCAGGUCAUGGAGGCCGGGCCGCCUAUCGGCUUGAUGACCGACGCCGCAGCAGAAGCAGCAGCAGUUGCUGCUGCUGCUGCUGCGGAGGAACGGGGCAUCUGUCCGCUCCCGCUGCUGCAGCAGCUGCAGCUGCCGCUGCUGGCAGCAGCAACAGUGCCGCUGCUGCGUGCUGCGGCACCAAAUCUGCAGCUGCUGCGGCUGGUGCAUGCAGAAAGUCACAGGACAAGUCGGGGUUUGCUGCCGCUGCAGCUUGCAGCGCAGCAGCUGCAGCAGCUGCAGCAAAUUGUAUUCCCUACUCCUGUUGACUUCGCUUUGGUGGGAACGUUACCCAGAGGCCCUGCUACUGCUGCUGCUGCUGCUGACGAGAGCCCUGGUGCUGCGCUGCACACUGCAGCAGCAGCAACAGCAGCAGCUGCAGCAGGCACUGCAGCAGAAGGUGUCUUGCUCUUGCAAGGCCCUGCCUCGGACUUCUUUAUCCGCUGCAGAUAA